UCACCCGGGGAAAUCUAUGAAUAUGUGUAGUGGUGCUUGGGUCGAUUUAUAUAUAUUCUUUUUUGCGAAAUGUAUACUUUUUUGAGGUAAGUUCGUGCACCGGAAGUGCCAAAAGUGUGCCAAACUAAAGGAUAGAACUGAGCAAAAUGGCAUUUUGCUAAUUGCUUCAUUAAAUGUUUGCCUAAUUUCGUUCGAAUUAGCUGUGUGUCCAGCAGGGUCUAACGAACACCCACACACAGAGAGACACGCACAGCAUCUUAUUUGUGCUUAAUGACUGCCACUCGAAAUACCCAUUAAACCACCCAACCACCCAUUAGUCUGCCAUUAUUAGGUGAAUCUCUUUUUCUCGAUUUGCGCUCCACUGUUGUAACUGUUGCAGUUCAUCUCCUGAAAAUGUAAGAAAAUCGAGGAAAAGCAUAGCUUUAAGUGGAGCUUUUCACUCUCUUACAAGGCAAGUACGAACUCACCAUACCCAUAAGAGACCGAAUUAAGAGAGCGUAAUGGGCGAAGAGAACGAUUUUGAAAAGGUAGGGCGAGGGGUUUGUUUUGUUUUCGGUUAAUAUGAUGGUUUUUAAUGGUUCUACAUUUUUGGUUCUAAAGUACUAGCUAGUACCAUCGAAUAAGAGCAAAGAAAGGAUAAUUAUUUCUUUUAGUAUUAUUUUGUUUACUAUUAUAUUUAUUUUUGCAAUUUAAAAUAACAGAAUUAAUAAGGCAUUGAGCAAUUAUUUUGACAAAACAAAAAAAGAGAUUCAUAAAGAUUUUGUUGAUUUCUUUGCUAAAACAACGUUGCGCAUGUCUUGACAAAAAGAGCGCUUAAGCCGGCUAAACAUGAUCGCAAUGCUUAGCCUAUCGCGAUUUUUCAGCGAUUUUCACCUAAUCAAAACACCAAAGCUUUUCCUUUUCCACCACACCAAUAUAAAGAAAGAAGGAAAAACAUAGAGGCGGCGAGAGCAAGAGAUAAAAUGACGAAGAAGAGAUUUUCCGAUGCAAAUGGCAUUCGGCUUUCCUCUCGACAUUGGUAUUAGACUCACACAGACACACAAGGCGGAUGCUGACUGUUUGCAAAAAAGAAAAUGGAACAGAAAGCACAAUGUUGCCCGCCAUCUCUCCGCACUUCCAUAUGUGUGUGUAUGUGUGUGAGUGUUAUUUGUGCGUGAGUGUGCGUGUUCGUUUCGGCUCGGCAAAACGAACGCUCGUCUGCAGCACUUAUCUUCAUGGGAUAAAUCUCGCUGCUGGACGCCGCAGUCUGUUUUCUAUACGGGCGUAAAGCGGUCGUCGAGCACGGUUAACUGAAAAAAAACAAACAACAAAAAAACAAACACCCAACCAAAAAACAACAAUAAAGAUAACGAAGAAUAACUCAAAAUCAACGAAAUACCAAAAAUAAAAAAAUAUAUAUUUGGCGAAAAUAAAGUAAUAAUAAUACGAAUUAAAACAAGCGGCAAAUGUGGAAAAGAAGCAAAAGAAGUUAGAUACACUUGGGCAGUCUUACUAAACAAGCAAUGAAAAAUAAAAAAUACAAACCAAGGAUAAAGUCCAACCCCUAGACAAAAAAAAAACAAUAAACCGAGAAAAAAAAGCCGACACAAAAGAGAAGCCAAAUGAGGGAAAAUGAAGUGCCAAAGUGUUGAAAAUAAAGCGAAAGCCAAGAGACGAAAUUGAAAUCGAGUAUAAAAGGUUUUUCCGUUCAGUUUUAAUCGGUAUCGCGCGUUCACUUCCGUUCCGUUUCGUUACAUUUUGUUUGGCUACGUUCUACACAGUCGACUUAGUCCAGCCGUUUCCGUUUCGUUCCGUUUCCGCUCGGCAAACAUUUAAAUGGCUACCAGCUGCUGCUUAUGAUGGAGACAUUCCUCGUCCUGGGCCUGUGUUUCAUCCUGUACGAGGCAUUGGAUUUCUUUCAGGGCUGCAUUCACAGUAAUACCCCAUCGCCCAGCGAUCAAAUCGAAGCCUAUCGCCGCGAACUCGACGAACAGCGCCAGCAGCAGCAGCAGGAACAAUUCCUGGCGGGAUUGACGCCAUUGCUAGGCGCUCAAUUUGCCGCUGCCGCUGCAGCCGCGGCCGCUGCCGCCGGUUCGCAGUCGACGUUGGGCAGCGCGACUACGCCCACCGCCUCUACGGCCAGCGUAAUAAGUGACUCAUACGAUCAGGAAUCGCAGUCGCAAUCGCAGUCACAAUCCCAGUCGCAAUCCAACGAAAAUCAACAGCAUUCGCUGAGCACUCCCGGCCUGUUUCGUCCCGCCGCCUUGGGCUACUACGAUCCAGAGGAUCCGUUGCAUGCCACCAACUCCCUACCACGCGACUAUUACUAUCUGCAGCAGCAGCAGCUGAAGAAUAAGGCCAGCUCAAGAUCGCUACUCUCGAAGUUCUCAUCGACCAACUCGGAUAAUCGCAUACAUCCAGAGGCUGGUGCCGGUUCGGGGCAUCAUCACAGUGUCCUGGGAGCAGCGGCUGUUAUAACAAGUCAACCCCUACCAGCUGGCGGUGAGAUACCAUCUAGCCUCUUCGAUCAGCCGGGACAAGCGGCUGUGGUGGUGCCACCAGUGCAACUGCAACCCUCAUCACCACUAUUUGUGGAGCUCAAGAGGGCCAUUAUCAGUCAGAAUCAGAGAACCCAACCGAUAAAGUAUCAGUCAAGAGAAUCAAUCGAAGAGCCACAGUGCCCUCAGUGCGAGGAAGAGCAGAUACAGUAUCUGGCAGAGACUUUGGACGAUCUUGCUGAAUCCGAAGAGCAGCAGUAUUCUCCAGCUGAGGAAGACGACGACGACGACGAGGAGGAGGAGGAACAGAACGGCGAGCAGGAGGAUCGUGAGGAGCAGCACUCUUACGUGGGAGGAGCAACCAGUGAACCGGAUAUUAGUGCCGCCACACGACAACAGCUAACUAGGAUUCAUCAUAUCGCCAUCGACGACAUCGCCACUGGACAGGAGCAUCAUCAUCACCACCAUCUUAGCAUUUCGGGCCAGACGACAACGUUAGGCGCCAAUUCUCACGCAGACUUCAGGGAAAUCGAGUGCGAGCGACUGCGACGCAAGUGCGUUAGCGUUAAGCGCAUCUAUAGCAUAUCGGAAAAGUUCUAAUUCAGAUUCAAAUCAGAUCACUACUCAAAACUCAAUUCGAUAUCUCAGCUCUCAUACCUGUACAGCCCUUCACCAUAUUGCACUUCAAUCGAUCAAUAUAUAUAUGUAUACCGAAACCAAAAUACAAAAUCAAUCAAAAUCGAAAAUCGAAAAUCGCCAAAUCAAAAAUCGAAGCCAAAUCAAAUCGAAACGAAUGCAAAAUCAAUUUUUCAAAUUCCGCUCACCAACAAUCGAACCAAAUGCAACCAAAAUCACAAAAUUGCCCAAAGCGAAACACCCCACACAAGUUGAAUAAGAUGUGCGCUACUGACAGACUAAGAAAUACAAUAAACACAACAAGAAAAAGCAAACAACUCGAGUGCAAUUAAACGACAAAUUAAACAUAACAAAA